UCUCUCACUGGUUGCAUGAGGUAUCCUUGUUUGAUAGUGCUUGGAGACAGGUAUCGGUAGGACAUUGGCAGUGGUUGUGGAGUCACCAAUUGUGUAGCUUGACCGUAUCGGUUUGGACACCUCUUUUAGCCAUUGAAGGUAUAGGAUAAUUUAAAAGAGGGAAAAAUCGAUAGUUUACGUGACAAACAUUCUAUGCACAAACUAGGUACUCGGCGUAAUAUUCCUUUUGUUUGGGCUUAUAUGCUACUAGGCCAAGUCGUUGCCAUCUCGGUUGCUUCUUCAUUAUUUUUUUAUGUUAUGCUUUUUUAUCCUAUCGUAGCUCAUCGACAACCUUCUGUCACAUUACUGAAAAUCCUGCAAUUAACAACUUUGGGCGGCAUAAUAACAGUCAUCAUCUCACCUUUUGUUGCAAGCACCGAUGGAUUUUUGCCAAAUUUACUAGUGAUGCAUGCUUUGCUUGUCAUACCUUUGAUUUAUACCUCAACGUCCAAAUCAUGGACAAUAUCAAAUGACCCUGUCGAUAGAGAAAAUUCUAUCAUUACCAAAGUUUCUGUCAUGAUCACAAGCCUAUAUGUUAUGGCUGCGGCAGCCAAUAUUUCAAUCUAUAUCAAUCAAUGGAUGGAGUGUUUAUCAACAGUUGACUUAGGCGGACAAUCUUUAACGUCAAUAGCAUUAAUUAUUGUCAAUACAUUGAUAUCCACUUUUUUUGGACAUCCAGCGCAAUCUAGUAUUAGUUACGAUAUUGUAUGUAUGCAACUCAUUUCCAUCGCUUGGAUGAUUGUGUAUAAUAUCGAUAGUGUCGGUAAAAUGUUUACCAUUCCCACAAUGGCGCUAAUAAUCUUGACGCCUCUAUUUUCUGCCUCUGUAACGCUUCCUUUAUUCAUGGCCUACAUCGAAGCCCAAAAGCUUAUAGGUAGUCGUGACAAAACUGUUAUAGAUAGCGUUAAAAAAGAACUGUAGAUCAAAUCUAUAUCAUUAUAAUGCAAAUCAAUGAUAAUAAAAUGCCCUUAGAUAGUUGUGAAUAACCUCCAGACACCCUGAGCAUACUGCACAAUUUCGGACAUGCCCAUCUUACUUUCGCCAUAAACACGAUCGACGAAAGUAAUAGGCACUUCACCUACAGAAAAAUUGAAUUGUCUUGCUCUAACGAUCAUUUCCAUCUGGAAUACAUAACCCUUUGCAAUAGUAGCG